AGAGUUUUGAGUCCUGGAAACCGAGUAUCAGAUCUGCUCACUUUCACAGACAGCUUGGCUGGUCUGUGCAGUCGGACCUCCAAGAAGCAGCCUUUCUUCAAGGGAUCAAGAGCCCAGGCACUUUUACAGUGCCCUUCCUGUCCAGACUCUGGAAAAGCAAGGGGUGUGAGGGCGGAGCCACUGGGCUAGCAACACCCUCGCCAAGGUCCAGCCCUUGCCAGUCUUUCACCACCUUAGGGAUUUGGCACAGAGAAAGAGAUCACUCUCUCAAUGAAAAGGAAGAUGUCCCUUUAAGGUUUGCCUUGCCUGCCUGUGGACUUUAGCCUAAAAAAGGACCCGCGAUGCUGGCUUUAUUUGUCCAUGUUUCGGUCAGAGCCCGGGAAGCUUGCCAAUGAGAUUUUCGACUAAAAGCGCGAAGGAUUAGAUGCCUUUUAGGAGGUAAAAAGCGUGCAGCCAACUUAAAGACUUGGGACCAAAAGACAGGAAUCAGUCCCCUGUGGGGCCUGGACUGUGUGGCUGGCGGGACGGAAGACUGUGAGCAGCGCAGACCGCAGAAGUGGCCCAGAGCACAAGGCAUCGGUGCCCAGUUCUGCCUCUGGACAAGCACGUUCCCGGGGCGCUGCUGCGGCUCCAGCCAUGGCCCCCCGGCGCCCUGCCUGCCCAGAGGUCGCUGUCGCCUGCUUAUGGCUUCUUACCGGCUUCUGUGAAUCCUUCAAUGUGGAUGUGAAAAACUCCAUGAGUUUCAGCGGCCCAGUGGAAGACAUGUUUGGAUAUACUGUUCAACAAUAUGCAAAUGAGGAAGGAAAAUGGGUCCUUAUUGGUUCUCCUUUAGUUGGCCAACCCAAAACCAGAACUGGCGAUGUCUAUAAGUGUCCAGUUGGGAGAGGUGAAUCAUUACCUUGCAUAAAAUUGGAUCUACCAGUUAACACAUCCAUUCCCAAUGUCACAGAAAUAAAAGAGAACAUGACGUUUGGAUCAACUUUAGUCACCAACCCAAAAGGAGGGUUUCUGGCAUGUGGGCCCUUGUAUGCCUAUAGAUGUGGACACCUGCAUUACACAACUGGAAUCUGUUCCGAUGUCAGUCCCACUUUUCAAGUCGUGAACUCCUUUGCCCCUGUACAAGAAUGCAAUACUCAGCUGGACAUAGUUAUAGUGCUGGAUGGUUCCAACAGUAUUUAUCCCUGGGCUAGUGUUACAGACUUUUUAAAUGACCUUCUGGAAAAAAUGGAUAUUGGUCCUAAGCAGACACAGGUUGGAAUUGUACAAUAUGGACAAGAAGUAACUCAUGAGUUCAACCUCAAUAAAUACUCAUCUACAGAAGAGAUACUUGUGGCAGCAAAAAAAAUAAGCCAGCGAGGUGGUCGCCAGACUAUGACAGCCCUUGGAAUAGACACAGCAAGGAAGGAGGCAUUCACUGAAGCCCGGGGCGCCCGAAGAGGAGUAAAAAAAGUCAUGGUCAUUGUGACUGAUGGAGAGUCACACGACAACCAUGAAUUAAAGAAGGUCAUCCAAGACUGUGAAGAUGAAAACAUUCAGCGAUUUUCCAUAGCUAUUCUUGGCAGCUAUAACAGAGGAAAUUUAAGCACAGAAAAAUUUGUAGCAGAAAUAAAAUCUAUCGCGAGUAAGCCCACUGAAAACCAUUUCUUCAACGUCUCUGACGAGCUGGCCCUGGUCACAAUUGUUAAAGCUCUGGGAGAAAGAAUAUUUGCCUUGGAAGCUACAGUUGACCAGUCAGCGGCUUCAUUUGAAAUGGAAAUGUCUCAGACUGGCUUCAGUGCUCAUUAUUCACAGGACUGGGUCAUGCUUGGGGCAGUAGGUGCCUAUGACUGGAAUGGAACAGUUGUUAUGCACAAGGCAAAUCAAAACAUAAUCCCUCAAAAUACAACUUUUCAAGUUGGGUCUACCAAAAUGAACGAACCACUUGCUUCUUAUUUAGGUUACACAGUGAACUCUGCCACUGCUUCUGGUGAUGUGCUCUAUGUUGCGGGACAGCCUCGAUACAAUCACACAGGCCAGGUCAUCAUCUAUAGGAUGGAAGAUGGACACAUCAAGAUUCUGCAGGCAUUCCAUGGAGAACAGAUUGGUUCCUAUUUUGGCAGUGUUUUAACAACAAUUGACAUUGACAAUGAUUCUAACACUGACAUCCUUCUCAUCGGAGCGCCCAUGUACAUGGGAACAGAGAAAGAAGAACAAGGAAAAGUAUAUGUGUAUACUCUGAAUCAGACUAAGUUUGAAUAUCAAAUGAGCCUGGAACCAAUUAAGCAGACUUGCUGCGCAUCUCUGAAGCACAAUUCAUGCACAAAAGAAAACAAAAAUGAGCCAUGUGGGGCUCGUUUUGGAACAGCUAUUGCUGCUGUGAAAGACCUCAAUCUUGAUGGAUUUAAUGACAUUGUGAUAGGCGCUCCCCUGGAAGAUGAUCACGCUGGAGCUGUAUACAUUUAUCACGGCAGUGGUAAAACCAUAAGGAAAGAGUACGCACAACGUAUUCCAUCAGGCGGAGAUGGCAAGACACUGAAAUUUUUUGGUCAGUCUAUCCACGGAGAAAUGGAUUUAAAUGGUGAUGGGUUGACUGAUGUGACAAUUGGGGGUCUUGGUGGUGCAGCCCUUUUCUGGUCCCGGGAUGUGGCUGUCGUUGAAGUCUCCAUGAAUUUUGAACCCAAUAAAGUGAAUAUUCAAAAGAAAAACUGCCGUGUAGAGGGCAAAGAAACAGUGUGCAUAAACGCUACAAUGUGUUUUGAUGUGAAACUGAGGUCUAAGGAAGACUCCAUAUAUGAAGCUGAUUUGCAGUACCGUGUGACCCUAGAUUCUCUAAGACAGAUAUCACGAAGCUUUUUCUCUGGAACUCAGGAAAGAAAGAUUCAAAGAAACAUCACAGUUCGAGAAUCCAAAUGCGUUAAGCACUCCUUCUACAUGUUGGACAAGCAUGACUUUCAGGACUCCGUAAGAGUAACUGUGGAUUUUAACCUUACUGAUCCAGAAAAUGGGCCUGUUCUUGAUGAUUCUUUACCUAACUUGGUACAUGAAUAUAUUCCCUUUGCCAAAGAUUGUGGAAACAAGGAAAAAUGUAUUUCAGAUCUUACCCUGGAUGUAUCCACCACAGAAAAGGGCCUGUUUAUUGUCAAGUCUCAGAAUGACAAGUUCAACAUUAGCAUCACAGUCAAAAAUAAAGGUGACAGUGCUUAUAACACCAGAACAAUAGCACAGUACUCUCCAAAUCUAAUUUUUUCAGGAAUUGAGGGGAUCCAAAAAGAUAGUUGUGAAUCAAAUCGCAACAUCACAUGUAAGGUUGGAUAUCCCUUCCUGAGAAAAGGAGAAAUGGUAACUUUCAAGAUAUUAUUUCAGUUUAACACAUCUUAUCUCAUGGAAAACUUGAUCAUCUACUUAAGUACAACAAGUGACAGUGAAGAACCUUCUGAAACACUUUUUGAUAAUGCAGUAAAUAUUUCUAUCCCAGUAAAAUAUGAAGUUGGACUGCAGUUUUCCAGCUAUGCAAGUGAGUACCAUAUUUCAGUUGCAAGCAAUGAAACAGUCCCUGAAGCAAUUAAUUCUACUGAGGACAUUGGAAAUGAAAUUAACAUCUUCUACUUGAUUAAAAAAAGAGGACAUUUUCCAAUGCCAGAGCUUAAACUGUCAAUUUCAUUCCCCAAUUUGACAUCAGAUGGUUUUCCUGUGCUGUACCCAAAUGGAUGGUCAUCUUCUGAUAAUGCAAACUGCAGACCUCGUAGCCUAGAGGAUCCUUUUGGUAUCAAUUCUGGAACGAAAAUGAGUAUAUCAAAAUCUGAACUUCUGAAACGAGGCACAUUUCCGGACUGCAAAACAUGUAAAUUUGCUACCAUCACAUGCAAUCUCCUUCCAUCUGACGUGAGCCAAGUAAAUGUUUCACUCAUCUUGUGGAAACCAACUUUUAUAAAAACACAUUUUUCAAGCUUAAAUCUCACAAUAAGAGGAGAUCUUCAAAGUGAAAAUUCAUCACUGAUUUUAAGUAGUAGCAACCAAAGAAGAGAACUUGCCAUUCAAAUAUCCAAAGAUGGGUUACCGGGAAGAGUGCCAUUAUGGGUUAUCCUCUUGAGUGCCUUUGCUGGAUUACUGCUGUUAAUGCUGCUUAUAUUAGUACUGUGGAAGAUUGGAUUCUUCAAAAGGCCACUAAAGAAGAAAAUGGAGAAAUGAAAUAUUUUAUAAGAGGAAUGAAUAACUAUUAUUUACUGAUUGGAUUCUUCAAAAGGCCACCAAAGAAGAAAAUGGAGAAAUGAAAUACUUUGUAAAAGAAAAGAAUAACAAUUAUUCAAGUGACAUAUCCUCAGGUUUUCCUCAAAUAUGUGACAAGAAAUUUAUAAUGUAAUCAAAAGCAUGGUCACAUAACUCAAUGUAAUCCAUCAAGGAUUAGUGACUCAGUAAAUAACAGAUCAAGCAUGAUCCAAAAAGAAUACACAAAAGAUAUAUUUUAUAAAGCAAUGACAAAUAUUUUAAUUAAUUACUCACUUUUUUGAGUAAGCAAAAUUACAAAGUGUUUUAAAGAAAAAUAAUUUAUACAAAUAGGUUUAUAUCUUAAGUCACCAUCCAAAGUAUAGUAUUUAAAGAAUACAGAGUUUUAUGAUCAUUGAUACAUUUAAUUUUGAACUAAUAUAAAUUAAGAUUUUUCCAUUGAUUCCUGAUAGAUGGCUAUAUUCAACUUGAGAGCAUUUUUAAAUGUCAAGAAAUGAAUUACUUAAAAGUGAUCACUUCUCCCGAUUCAAAUCAGAAUAUUUUCCCUAGUAGAAUCCAUAUACAACAUGGGCUGAAAAAAUAUUUACAUUAUGUUCUGUAAUUGGGAAUGUUGUUUGUCUGUUUGUUUCCAAUAUGAUUGGAAAAUAGUGCAAUUGAGUUGAUAUUUUAUGUAAUAUAGAAAUUAAGAUGGUCAUUGUUUAAAAACAAAUGCACUGAAUGAAUUAAUUUAGACUUUUACAGAACAUGCUUAAGAGUGAUACUGACUUUUAAAACGUGAAACAUUUUAUGCAGAAAAAAACUUAAAGCAGUUCUGUGUAGGAUAAGAGUGAUUUAUCAUGCAAAGCCAUAUUGUAUUGGGGACAUGCCAAAAUGCUUUUGGUAGAACACAUCAGCAUAGAUGGAUAACCCUGAAAUGCUAACAUCAUCUUUGCUGAGCAACUUCUAGAAUAUUACAAAAAAUAGGAGUUUUUCAACUCCUUGGUACAGGGUUCAUUUAAACCCGCAAGCUGUGAGAAUAUGUGUAUUUUUCAUUUUUAAAAAAGAUAUUUAAUUUCCAAACACAUUUACUAUUUUCAAGAAAAGGUGUUUUACCAAGAAGUUACUUCAAUAUUUAAAUAGAGCCCUAGAAAUGUAUUUUGAAGAAUUUUGGGUUGCAAGCACAAACAACAGAAAGUUAUCACACCUCUGUGUGUGCUUCUUUGUUCUUAAAGUAAUUUGUUCAGCUCCUUGAACUCUGCAGCCUCCUAAGGCUCCAGACUGCUCCAUUUCUUAGGAAGGUAACAGUGAAUGAAUAUAUGUAAUGUAUGUGUGAACUACUGCUGCAACAUUCAAUUUCUCCACGUGAUUUACUAUCAUAACAUCAGAAUCUGUCAGUAUCUAAAAUGUGCUGAAUUUUGCUUUCUUCAUGAAAGUCAACAGAGAAACUAACGGCACUGAAUUUAAUUGUUUGAGUCUAAUUUUAAAGAAAUGACCUUACGACUCAGAGUCAGUCUGUCUACUGACUGUCCACCUCUAUGUCUAAAAUCCUGAAGACUUAGAAAUGUGACUAGGAGGUGCCAGCAUUACCAGAAGUUGGAAAAAGAGAUAAAUCUUUCUAGAGCUUAGCUAUCCGGCUGGUUUGUCAUUGUUCUGUAAUAAUAUGCUUUUGGAAUCUCUGUCUCUCUCUGUCUCUCUCUGUCUCUCUCUCUGUCUCUCUCUGUCUCUCUCUGUCUCUCUGUCUCUCUGUCUCUCUGUCUCUCUCUGUCUCUCUCUCUGUCUCUCUCUCUCUCUCUCUCUCUCUCUCUCUCUCUCUCUCUCUCUCUCUCUCUCUCUCUCUCUC